AUGGCCAGUCGACCCGACGAGAUCUUGAAAUCGUCGGUCUGCGACGUCCUCUCGUUGGGGAAGAGAGAGAUAGAAGGAGAGGAGGGAGGGGAAGAUAGGGUGGGGUGUGCAGGGAGGACAAAAUGGGGGUUGGGCGAUGGUUGUGCGAGAGAUCAAAUCACAAAUAGCUCCAAAGGCCCCUUUUCACACUGUUCUUCAUUUCCACAUAGCUCCCAAGGGAUUGUACCCAAAAAUUAUACAAUAUGA